AUGAGUCUGCUACAAGGCGUGCUCAAAUCGCAAUCACAGACCCAUGAAUUGAAUGGACUCUAUCCAUCUUCCAGGCAAUCCCAGGCUGAGAAUGACUCAGACGAUGAGCUUGUCGGCGUGUUCUCAUUACCAGGGACGCCAGCGAGGUCGAGAGGACCUUCACGCCCCUCAUCGCGCCCUGUAUCACCCACACGAAGAGGUUUCACUCGCUCUGCGAGUGCACUGCCAUUGAAGGGCCUCUCGAAUGACCCCCUAAAGGCAUUUCCAACUCAAGUAUCGCAAAACAUUUUCCGGUGGCUUGGGAUAUCUGAGCUCGCGACCUGCGCUAGGGUAUCGAGAAAGUGGAAUAAGAGUCAGACACUGAACUACAGCAAGUCUUAUACAUAUAUAUUAGUGUGCUGUAUGCUAAUGGUCUACGUUGUGUUACAAGUUUGGUUUCAGCAUUAUAGGAAGGAAAACUUCCAUGACGAAACUCUUCCUCCCGGGAAGUGGACUAGAAGGGAAUCGAAACAGAAUUGGCGGAUGACCUACAUUAAAUCUGUGUCGAAUCGCUCGCCUCCAUCAUCGCCGUUGCCUUCGAGAGGUUCAGGUCGCACUUCACCGUCACAGUCAGGCCAUCAAACGCCAAAAGAACUUAAAGAAGAGCAAUGGCGACAAGAGGAACUUAUGCAAAGCCGGCCAGGUAAGUUGGAGAUGAGAGAAAUGUACAAGGAGCUGGGUGGCCGCAAGAGCCGGACCAAGGGAAAGCUGGGAGGUUCUGGGGGUCAUAGAGACCGGACGGGUUGGGGGGAAGGAGACGAUGAGUAA